AUGGGUGAGAUCGCAGUCGACGGCGGCGAAAAGGAUGUCAAGAAAGAGGUGCAAGUGAGUGUGACAAGUGUGAAGGAAGAUGAGAAGGACAAGGCAGAGUCAGGGAAGCCAGUUCCAAACCGCAUCUUGCGAUACGCCGAAGUGCGCACAUACACCACAAAGCUUGUCAAGUCCGGCAAACCAGACAAGAAGCUCGACAGGAAGAAGCCCGUCUUGGUCGAAAGACGCAUUAUCAACCACAAAGGCCAGCAUACCCACACCGAGGUCGAUGUCAAAAGCCCAGCCCUACGUGAUGUUCUUAUCGAGAUGAACAAAGAUGUGGAGGGUCUAUCGCUCCUGAAGGAGCCUCCAUUUGCUGAUCCAAGCCUCUUCUUCCAUUCUCGAUUCGCCCUGAAAGACCGGCUAUCACUCGAAGAAAAAAACGAAUCUGCGGAUUUAUCCCUCGUCGCUGACCUCUCUGUUGCCCUGCAGUACGUUGAAGAGCAGCACGGAAGCAGCAUCGCCAGCUUGGGAAAUAUGCUGCCCGCCAACGAGGUCACGUGGUCACUACUCUGGGCUCUAUUUACGCCCAAUUGCAUGAUGUACCAUUUCCACCAAUACACCGAACAACCUCAGGUAUUAUUGAUGCGUCGUAUCCGACAGCGUUUCCGAAAAGAUGGCACACCCUACUGGCAUGUCAUGUGCGACAUGAUCGCAGACGACGGGCUCAAAUUCGGAUAUACCAAAGAUCUUGGCAUAGCCAGCCGACCCGAUCUCCACUCCGACUUGGAGAUCGACCAGUACGAUGGCGCGAGAAGAAUCCAGGAUCUCAUCGUAUAUCCUCUGGAAUAUGCGCCGAACCCGGGGCAAAUCCGGAAAGAGGUGACUGAACGAGGCAAGAAGUACGCACGUAUGAUUGGCAACACAUAUUGGGAGACCAGCGGGCCGGCCAUGCGAGAAACCAUGAACGACCGCUACGAGGUAAACCGCUUCAAAUUCAGCACCCACGGCCGCGCAAUGAUCGACACUGCCUCCUUCCGCACGUACAACCCAAACUGGGCUUGCAUUCCAACCGUGCAGUCGACGCUCGACAGAACGCAACUCUCAGACGACCAACAUCUUAUCUGUGCGCCUUUCGUGGGUGGCUUUGGGUUCGGUGACAAGAAAUGGGGCGGAUUCCCCGUCUCUCGCUUGCAAGAAGUCGUCUGGAGCGACGAGCCAUUCCAUUCGCUCGUCAUUGGUGCGAAGCAGAAGACUCUAAUCCAUUCGCUUGUCAAGCAGCAUUCCUCCAAAGGUACCGGCUACGACGACGUCAUUCAAGGGAAAGGUCUCGGUCUCAUCGGUCUCCUGAGUGGUCGUCCUGGAUGUGGUAAGACCUUGACGGCAGAAGCUGUGGCGGAAGUCACCAAAAGGCCAUUGUAUGCCGUUAGCGCUGGCGAACUGGGCACUGAUGUGGAAAAGGUGGACAAGCAAUUGACCCUGAUCCUAGAAUUAUCGCAUCGAUGGUCCGCUGUGCUACUAUUAGACGAAGCGGACGUAUUUCUCCAGGAGCGCGACACCAAAGAUGUGGCUCGAAAUGCUCUAGUCUCGAUUUUCUUACGGCAACUGGAGUACUUUCAAGGGAUAUUGAUUCUCACCACCAAUCGCAUUGGGGACUGCGAUCCGGCUUUCGAGAGUCGGAUCCACUUCUCCAUCCACUACCCGGACCUCGACGUCGCCGCGCGGCGGACCAUCUGGAAAAUGUUCAUCGAGCGAGCCGACGGGCUUAUCACCGACCCGGAGGUAUCGAAGCUCGGCGAACACGUCAUGAAUGGGCGCCAAAUCAAACACGCCGUCGGGAGCGCGCGAAGCAUUGCGCGCGAGCAGAACCAACGAUUAGACCUCAAGCACAUAGACUCCGUGCUCGAGGUCGUCGAGGCAUGGAACGUGGCCAAAGCGCUGAAAUAG